AUGAAUGCCAUCCGCCUCAUUGGAGUUAUUGUGCUUAUCUGCACCUCCUCAGCAAUUGUUCAAGCCAUGUUCAUUGGAAAUCGUGAUGAAUUUGUGUCUUGUAAACCAGUAAUUGAAGAUUUGGACACACAGUCUUUCAGAAAUCGAGACGCGCCUUCCUCUUUCAGACAACAUCAAGAGGGCUGUUCAGGCCCGGGUGAUGAUGAUGAUGAUGAUAGUUGCUGUGGCUGCAACAUAAUGUAA